AUGGCGACUUUUACUGCCAUAGCACUGGAUAGGUUGAUAGAACCGGGAGCUUCAAAUCCAGUUGAUAAAUCUACUCCAACUUCAAUUGCUAUCCCGAACUCACACAAGCUAGGGAGAAGUACUAAAGCUCCUGCCAAGAAAAAUAAGGCACCUCGUCCUCCAUUGAAGCCUACACUUUAUACCACUCCUGUGGUGGCACCCAUUCCAGAUACGCCUUCUUCGUUCCCUCCUUCACCAUACAUCAUCAACCACAAACGUCGUGGCCCACGCCCCCUCAUCAAGAGUUGCUCUGAUGUUGACAGUCAUGAUGAUGAAAAUGUUAAUGAUAAGAGUUUUGAUGCUGUUGUUGCAAGUUCCGCUGGUGACCUCCAUGUGAAUUUUACAAACCCUGAACUUGUUAAAGAGGACAAGGUGAAUGGUGUCUAUGACAGCAAACUGGAUAGCAACAAUGGUGCUGACCUCGCAAUUGGUCAUAGAGAAACAGGAAGUAGUAGUUUAACUAAUGAUUUACUUGAGGAAAAGCCACCUGCAUUGAAUUUGGCCAGAGUUAGAGAGGUUGAAGACUUCUUUGAUCCAGCAGACUCAACGAGUUUCACAAGCAACACAGAUGGGGAAGAAAAUGCAACAUAUCUGUCUAUGAACUUUAGCAGUCCUAGUGGGGAGUAUUAUGAUGCGUGGGAAGAAUUUUAUUCCGACGGCAUGAGUCAAAAUUCUACGCGCGAUAUUGAAGCUGAAUUGCGUGAAAUGAGAUUAAGUCUGUUGGUGGAGAUUGAGAAGCGGAAGCAAGCUGAAAUAUCCCUAAACACCAUGAGAAGCCAAUGGGAAAGUAUUAGGCAAGGGUUAUAUCAAGCAGGAACUAUUUUGCCUGCAGACCUUCCUUCUAUGGCCGAGGAUGAACAGCUUAUUUCUGAUGGUGUGGAUGAUCUAUGUCAACAAGUUUAUAUUGCUAGGAUUAUAUCAUGUAACAUUGGACAAGAAAUUGCCAGGGCGGAGGUAGAGGCAGAGAUGGAGGCUCAACUUCAAGCAAAGAACUUUGAUAUUGCUCGACUUUCAGAACGUCUCCAUUGUUAUGAGACCAUGAAUAGGGAGAUGUCUCAGAGGAACCAAGAAGCAGUAGAGAUGGCACGGCGUGAGAGGCAAAGGAGGAGCAACAGGCAGAGAUGGAUUUGGGGCUCCAUCACAACUGUGAUUGCUCUUAGUACUGCUGCAAUAGCAUGGUCUUAUCUCCCUACUGGAAUAGGAUCAUCCUCUGCUGAGCAUGAUCUAGUUCUUGAUCAUGAAGAUGUAGCCAAGUAA